AUGACCACAGCUUCAGCAACACUUUCUCCAGCAACAGUUACUCCGACAACCAACUACAUUAGUGGUUUGAAUUCAUUUAGAGGGCUAAAGGCAAAUAACAGUGUAAUCUCAUUAGGCUUUCCUGUUUGCACUCAACAGUCUUUUGCCAAGAUUAUUAGUUCCUUGAAAACAACAUCACAAGGCAAAGGUGGAGCUUUGUCUUCUACCUGUAAUGCUGCUGUUGAGAUUUUUAGGAUUGCUUCCAUUAUUCCUGCCCUGGUUUUAGUUGGAGUUGUUGUUGGUUUUGUCCUCCUUCGAAUUGAAACUUCUGUUGAGGAAGCUGAUUAA